GCAGUACUGAAACCCACUCAACAAGGAGGGGAAAAGCAGAUGGCGUCAGCAAAACCUCACUGCAGCGGAAAUUCCCACCUCUUGAUCCGCGCUCAGCGGGGAAAUGCUUGUGCUCUGCAUGGACCUGCCUUAUUUCCUUCCCAAUGCGGGGUUUUGAAGUCACACCGGUGGCGCUGGAAUUAGUACUUCCGAGGCACUUCAAUUCGACCUACAGGGGUAGUCCCAACCAGUCAUUUCCGAGACCCAUGGUUUGCUACGCGCAGGAAAGAGGGGAGGUGUAGCCAUACACACAUCACUUCAGCACUGUGAACUAGAUCGCCAUUCUAUCCACUCACCCAAGCCAAGCCUAGACAUAAAGAGGAAAUUCCAAUGCCCCAAGAACACCACCUCGACGCCCUGGUCGUCGGUACUGGUUUCGCCGGGAUCUACGUCCUCUACACCCUCCUCCGGGAAGGGUUGACGGUGCAAGCCAUCGACAAAGCCAGUGACGUCGGUGGCACGUGGUACUGGAACCGUUACCCUGGUGCACUGAGCGAUACCUGGAGCUACGUCUAUCGCUACUCCUUCGAUCGGGACCUGUUGCUGGAUUAUCCGGCGCCCAAGUGGUAUUCCACCCAGCCAGAAAUCUUGGAGUAUCUGCGCCAUGUUGUCGCGCGGUAUGAUCUACGGAGGCAUAUGCAGCUUGAUACGGAGAUGGAGAAGGCGAAAUGGGACGAUACUGCCAAGCGGUGGAAGGUGUAUUGUCGGACUGGAGAUGUGUUCGUGGUGCGAUACCUGGUGACGGCGCUGGGGCUCUUGAACGAGGCUCUUGUACCGCGCAUUCCGGGCAUGGAGACGUUCAAGGGCCGGGUGGUGCAUACCUCAUCGUGGGAUCCAGAGACUCAGCUGGAAGGUAAACGGGUCGGGGUGAUUGGAGUGGGCUCGUCCGGGGUGCAGGUUGUGACUGCAAUUGCUGACAAGGUCAAAUCGUUGCAUGUGUUCAUUCGACGGCCGCAGUACAGCGUCCCCGCGAAUGAUCGGGUGAUGACGAAAGAGGAACGAACGGUGAUCAACGAGCGGUACCCGGAGAUCUGGGCGGAUGUGUUUUCCUCGCAUAUCGCCAUGGGCUUCACCGAAUCGUCCCGGAAAUUUGGCGCAGUGGCGCCGGAGGACCGAGAGAAUAUCCUCGAGACGCUUUGGAACUCUGGCAAUGGAAUACAGUUUAUGUUUGGAGGGUUCAGCGAUAUCACCACCGAUCCGGAGGCUAAUGAGGAGGUUUGUCGGUUUAUUCGUCGCAAGAUUGCGAGCAUUGUGAAGGAUCCGCAGAAGGCAAGGGUGCUGACGCCAAAGGAGCCCUAUGCUCGGCGGCCGUUGAGCGACUCUGGGUAUUACGAGAAAUUCAAUCGGGAGAAUGUGUAUGCUAUCGAUGUGAUGGAGCAUCCCAUCACGGAACUCACUCCCGAGGGCAUUCGCACUGCAGACGGGAAGCUCCACGACCUGGAUGUCCUCAUCGUGGCCACGGGCUUCGAUGCGAUGGAUGGCAGCUACGCGCGGGUCAACCUCCAAGGUCGUCAGGAGGGAGACAAUCUGAGUGACCGCUGGAGGCGCACAGGAUCGGAGUGUUAUAUGGGCUGCUCGGUGUCAGGGUAUCCCAAUCUGCUCAUCGUCUCGGGACCGAUGGUUGGGUUUUCCAAUGUGCCGCCCCUCACGGAGACAAAUGUCGAAUUCCUGCGCGAUCUGAUCCGGCGAGCGGAAGAGAUUACCAAGAGAACCGGGCGUCAGUGUGAGAUUGAAGCCACGCACGAGGCUGAGAGAUGGUGGACGGAGCAUUGUGAUGAGACCGCGCGCAAGACAAUUUUUGCCAAGGCGCCGUCGUGGAUGUUUGGGAAGAACGUCGUUGGCAAGAAGCCGACGAGCUUGUUCUAUCUUGGAGGGCUCGGCCCGUUUCGUGCUAAGUUGGCGGAGGUCAAAGCAAGGGGGUUUAUUGGGUUUCAGGAGCCUUUGGGGACGUUGGGCGAGCUGCGUUCGCAUCUUUGAGAUGACUGGAAUCGGCGCGGUUCAUAUAAUUGAAGUGUUUUAGAACUUGUUAACUGAUGCUGAGGUGUUCUAUCUUGCUACAAGCUCUCAAUCUCUUGUGGAUAUAUUGAUCGCAGUGUCGAUACUAGAGGCGUGUCCUCUGAGACCUCGAUGGCCAGAUCCUCGACAGCCAAGACUGCUAUCCACUUGAUUCUCGCCAAGGGUGUGUCAAGCCAGUGGGCUGGUCUAGGCUUAUGGCAAUGGCGCUCCCCUCUCCCACGACUAAGACCUUCUGUGGUGUUAUACUACCUACAUGACACAUUCUACAAAAGAUAAAGUUCUAGUCAAUGUUCAUGUCGCCUUGUAGGGCUCUCUACCAG